CAGGCCAACCUGCCUCAUAUGCUGUGACCACAGAUGAGGGCACGGUGCCUUUUCAGAAACCCAUGUUGACAGUCAGCAGAUUUUAAACUUCCUCUGUGAACCAUGUCAGCGGAACAACAACAUGCUGCACGAGAUGGUGCGUGUCAAAGUGGGGAUGUUGUUUUUUUCUCCAACCCUCUGAUGAGCGAUGUUGAGUCGGACUGGUCUCCCAUUCACGAUGCAGCUUUUAACGGACGUGUUCUCACCUUGCAGCGACUCAUCGCUCAGGGUACCUGUGUGAAUUUGGCCACUCUGGACUGGGUCUCACCCCUCCACGCGGCGUGCAUGAAAGGCCACGUGGACUGUGCCAAGAUUCUUGUGGAACACGGGGCAAAUGUAAACUGUUCCACUGUGGAUGGAAAGACGCCACUGUCACUCUCUUGCUCUCAGGGUCAUGUGACAUGUGCAUCGAUGCUCCUUCAGCAAGGAGCUUGUCCUGUGGGAACCGGCCAGUCCAGUUCUCCAAUCUACCAGGCUGCAGGCGAAGGUCAUCCAGAAUGCAUCGAGCUUCUUGUUCAGCACGGUGCCGAUGUGGAUCAGCACAGCGACCAGUCGGGCUCGCCUCUGCACAUUGCAUGCUCCAAUCAACACGUGGACACGGCGAGGAAACUGCUGCAGCUCGGUGCUUGUGUGAACAGCAGAGUAUCUGGCAACUCGGCCCUCCACAUCGCUGCUCGUCUGUCCAACCCGGACUUGGUGUCCAUCCUGCUCGAACACGGGGCCGAUUGCUCCCUUAGGAACUCUGAGGACAAACAGCCUCAGGACCUGGCGUCUCCUAACAGCCUGGCGGAGCGUCUGUUGAGACAGUCAGGAGGAGCGACUCCUCUGAUUCAGAUGUGUCGGCUGUGCAUCAGGAACACUUUGGGCAAGGACAGACUCAGACGAAUUCAUGAGCUUCACCUCCCCACACAACUGAAGCAACACCUGCUGUACCAAUCACAUCCUGUCCGGACGGUGAACCCGUGCACUGAUCCCACUCAGUCGUAACGCUUACAUUUCCCUUUCAUGUCAGCGAGGGGCGCAAUUGCAUAAUGGUGCAGUGAGAGGACGACUUGUUUGUGGGGCUCUCUCUUUGUGACACACCUCUGGAAACAAAUCAUGCAAAUCCUGGUGUUAUGUGGGAAAACAUAAAACCAGUUUUAUUUAUAUUGUGCCAAAUCGCACAGUGAGUCACCUCGAGACACUUUACUUGUAUCUAUUUUCUUACACACGUUUCCCCAAAAAGCAAAUGCAAGGUGGACGUGGCAACAACAAAUCUCCCUUUUAAAAAGAAGAAACUCCAAGCAGAGCCAGACACUAUGGAGGGGCCAUCUGCUGGAAUGGUGGGGGGGGGCAGACAGACAGGAACUGCAGAAGGGAAAGCAAUAAAAGAUAAAACAAAGAUAAUAAAUAAUGACAACAACAAUAAUAGGACUCAUGUUGUAAUUUUAGCAAUGUUUGUGUGUUUGUUUCUGUACUCCUUUCCAUUAAUUUCCAUUAAACUUGGUAUGUGGAUGAACCUUGACAAAGGUCAAGGUUAUUCAGGUCCAAGGUCAAAUUUGAUUUUUUUAUUUAUUUCCAAACAUAGUGCACAGGUGCAGGUGGAUUCCUAAAUUACCCAGAUGAGGGCAAAGUUGCUAAAGGUCAAUCAAUGGGGUCAAGGUAACUGGAGUCAAAGGAUACACAAUCUAUAGAUGGGUUCCAGAAUUACUCAGCAGAGGUCAAACUUGGCAAAGGUCAGUGAUCGGGGUCAUCGAGGUGUCUGUCUGUCUGUCUGCUCCUCUACUCCACAGAUAUCAUUUGUCUCGUCUCUACCAAACUUUACGUGUGGAUGAAAGUCCAGCCUGGAAUCGCCCUUACAGGGUUCAUUUUCUCAAAGGUCAAGGUCAUUUAUGUCAAGAUCAAUACAUUAGAUUUUUCAUCUUGAUUUGGGCUAAACAUGACAGAAUAAUAUGUAAGUGGACUCUAGAAUUCCUCUGGCAAGAUCAGCCAAAGGUCAUUCAGUUAGGGGAAGGUCAUUUGGUCAAAGGUCAGAGUUCCACCAGGCAAAUAAGUGUGUUGUUUACAGGAAAUUAUAUCCUAACAAAGCAACCGCAUCCUUAUUGACACAAAACUAACCCUAACAGUCUACAAUAUGGCAUGGGUUGUAUUUCACAAUAACAAUAAUAAUAAAAAAUAAUAAUGGAAAUGGAAAUAAAAAUGGAAAACACUUGGAAAAAAUUUUCAAGGUCAAAGUCCUGUUAGAAGUUAAAUACAACCCCUGGCAAAAAU